CCCAGAGCUGAAGGACUUGUCAGCAGAAGCGGGCCUCUAGGAUUCCAGGAUCCAAAUGGGGACCCCGAGCACCCCUCACCUGCUCCCGCUCGCGCCCAAGGGCCCAGAGCAUGUUCCAGAUCCCAGAGUUUGAGCCAAGUGAGCAGGAAGACUCCAGCUCUGCAGAUAGGGGCCUGGGCCCCAACCCCGCAGGGGACCAGCCCCCAGCUCCUGGCAAACACCGCAAAAAGGCCCCAGGCCUCCCGGGAGACGCCAGUCACCGGCAGGAGCAGCCAACCAGCAGCAGCCACCAUGAAGGCGCCGUGGCUGCGGAGACGCGGAGUCGCCACAGUUCAUACCCCGCAGGGAACGAGGAGGAUGAGGGGUUGGAGGAGGAACCCAGCCCCUUCCGGGGCCGCUCGCGCUCGGCGCCCCCCAACCUCUGGGCUGCACAGCGCUAUGGCCGCGAGCUCCGGAGGAUGAGCGACGAGUUCGAGGACUCCUUCAAGUUCCAGGACCAGCCCCACGCCCCGCCAUCAAUCUGCUCCUUCCAAGUCUCAGGACAUGCCGAGAUCUGGAGUCCGGACCCUCCUCCAGGGACUUCCUCGCCCGAAGAGCGCGGGCACAGCGACGCAGAUGCGGCAGAGCUCGAGCUGGACGCGCAUCUUCCAGUCCUGGUGGGAUCGAAAUUUGGGGAGAGGAGGCUCCGUUCCCUCCCAGUGACCUCUCGUCCCACAUUCCCGAGACCCCACCCGCUCCCGCCGCCGUUGGCGGCCAUCUUGGGUGUGGGCGGAAGUCUUUUCCGCAGUCCUGUGCAAAAAGGGUCUGUUCUGUCCCUUUCGGAGAAAGGCGGUCUGACCUAGAACCCGAUUCCCUUCCGGCGCGAGCGAGAGCCACAGAGGGUUCGACCCCAUCGGAAGUUCGGAAGUUUUUCUGGCCCUAGCCGCCGGAAGUGGCUCGGUCUCCCCUCCUUGCGGAUGCGCCGAGUUGCGAUCCGGGAUUAACCAUUAUUUCACCAGAACCCCCUGCCCCGCUGUGACGCUGCGGGCCGACGCUCGCGACCAGAUAUGCUAAUAAAGCCCGUGUCUGUGCC